AAUGGUGAGUCAAGAACCAUCAGGCAGUUCCACUUCACAGACUGGCCAGAACAAGGAGUCCCCAAAACAGCCGAACACUUCAUUGAUUUCAUUGGGCAAGUUCACAAGACGAAGGAGCAGUUUGGCCAAGACGGACCUAUCACUGUACAUUGCAGUACUGGGGUUGGACGCACCGGUGUAUUCGUGGCUCUGAGCAUAGUCCUGGAGCGACUGAGGUACGAGGCCAUAGUGGACAUGUUCCAGACCGUUAAGCUACUUCGUACCCAGAGGCCAGCCAUGGUGCAGACUGAGGAGCAAUACCAGUUUUGUUACCGUGCAGCGCUGGAGUACGUGGGCACAUUUGAUCACUGUGCAACAUGGUCUCACUGAGAGCAUCUCACUGAGAACUUCGCAGAGGCGUAUGGGUUAUUCACAAGCCAAACCUCAUGAAGAGAACUAUAGUAAGUCAACUGCAGACUGAGCCAGGCCAACGGCAGACUGAAAAUGGCCAACCCACAGAAUUAUAUGAUGUACCUUACAUUUAUUUUUUAAACUUUAAACUUUUUAAAAUCAUAUUGUAUGAACAAUUUGUCUUCAUACUGUAUGUUAACUCCAUCCUAUUGUAUUCUCACAUAUCAUUAGAUUUUACAGUACCUACUACUACAUUAACUACUGCUUGGCGGCGUACCAGCUUUGUGAGUUAAUUUUGUAUUUUCCAACUACAUCUAGACAAAAGACAUAAUCUGCUACAAAAUUAAA